AGUUGAGAAGUGGGAUGGUCGAGACGUGCUGACGUCACCAGUCCGUAUGAGCUGUCAAUAGCAUGACAAAACGAACAAGGAAAAAAACUGGAGGCUAUCUACAAGGGGUCUAAGGGAUUAAGACAAUAAAAUGACGCUAUCCAGAAAUUCCGUAGCCUUUAGUUACUGUUGAAGGAUUAAUACAUAGCGACACAAUAAUAGAUCUCAGGUCAAUACUCAAGUGCCUACUAGACCACAAAGAAAGUACGAAGACUUAGCAGAAGUGUCCGGCCGAUACAGGCAUAUGCGACGGUUUCAAGGUGUGUGGCGAUGGAGAUGAGAGAGUGGGGUGUGGUGGCCGGGAGUUUUGCAGGGUUCCAGCUGCUCCUCACCGUGGUGAGCCCCCGCCUCUCCCCUGCCCUGGCCCCCGGAUUCAGCUGCCUGGCCCCAGGCAAGCACACAGAGUGGAACUCCAGGUUCGUGUCCACCGUCCAUGCGCUGAUAGUGGGACUCUUCUGUCUCUACAUCCUGUGGUUUGAUGACGCGGUCAACGCCGACCCGGUCUGGGGGGACCCCAGCCUCGUUAAGCUCAAUGUGGCUAUAACCUGUGGCUACCUCCUCUACGAUCUCCUGCUACUGGCCUGCCACUGGAGCACCAUGGGAGACGGCUUUUUCGUCUGUCACCACUUGGCGGCGCUCUACGCUUAUGGAUUCGUCCUGAGUCGGGGAGUGCUGCCCUAUUUCGCCAAUUUUCGUCUCAUUUCGGAGCUGUCCACCCCAUUUGUCAACCAGAGGUGGUUUUUUGAGGCCCUCUCUUACCCGCGCACGGGCAGCCUGGUGGUGGCCAACGGGGUUGCCAUGACGGUGGUGUUCUUCCUGGUGCGGAUCGCCGUGAUCCCCUCCUACUACUCCAAGGUAGCGGCCACUUUCGGGACCCCCGCCUUCACCCGGCUGGGAGCCGGCCCGCAGGUGGCCUGGAUCCUCUCCAGCGUCAGCCUGGACGUCCUGAACCUCAUCUGGAUGUACAGAAUCUCCAGGGGCUUGUACAAGGUCCUGGGCCGGGCGCUGGGGAGAGCCGGGGGCAGCUGCCCGGAGAAGCAGAACGACCUCCCCAAAUCUCACGGCAACAGCCACGCGGACUGAGGGGCAGGGGGCGCCACCGGGGCCCUUCCUGUCUGUCUCUGCAGAGGUGUGAUCGCCUCCAGACCGCUGCUCAAACAGUGUGCCAACCCCACAUUCCCUCCUCCACGAGUGCGCCUGUGAUCUGUUCCCCUGGUCGCUGUGGAUGGAGACGGUGGGAGGUACUGCAUGGGCUGCGUACUAGCCUGCUUUCUCAAGGCCAAAUCAUUUCAGAUGGAUGAUGAUGCUAAGAUGGCCCAUCCCAGCCGUUUUGCUCCAAGUUAUAUCCCUUGAAAGCCUGAUCAACACCUUCAAUCAGCACCUUUGUACUCAACACCUUCAAUCAGCACCUUUUGCUCAACGCUUUCACUCAGCACCUUCACUCAGCAGCUUUUACUCAACACCUUUAAUCAACGUCUUUCGUUUAACACCUUUACUCCACACCUUUUACUCAACACCUUCACUCCACACCUUUUACUCAACACCUUCAAGCCGCCUUUCACUCAAGACCCUCACCCACCCCCACACCCCUGCCUACUUACAGUAUUACCCAACCCUCUCAGAUCCUUUCCCCUGAGUAAAGCAGCACUCUUGAGAGAGAGCUUCCUACUGCUUACAACACAAGGACCUUAGCCACUCUCCCUGCUGCUUAUAACAGAAGGACCUUAGCUACUCAGUAUGCUGCUCCACAGGCUCCUGGGUGCCUCUUGUACAGAUGCCUUGACCCCUGCAUUUGAAAAGCUCCUAGUGUCUGCCAGUCAGACGCUCACAGCACAGCCAGCCCUCCUUUACCUGAACCCCCGGCCCCUGCUGCACACCUGAGCCAAGGGAGCAAGCCGGUUGUGACUGGAACCCUGGGCAGAAAGAUCAAGGAGCUGUGGAGAAAUGGGAGAAUGUGUGUGGUGAGGUCUGACAGAUAUUCCGAUGCAGCGUGAUGCAGUGGAGUUUUAUGGAGCCGGGGCAGUUCUGCUGCCCCCCCCCCCCCAAUUCCUCUGAUUCAUAAUCAGGAGCCGCUGGCAUGUCUUCAGAACUGUCGUGUGUUCUAGAACGGUCCAGUGGAAUCCAGGUCCGUUCACUUUAAGGCAUUAGGAAUCACCUGCUACUUUGCAUCCCCUUUUAUUAGGAAUGGCAGGUAUGCCAUCCACCAAGUUACGUGUUGGAGGGGCAUACUUCAUGUCCUUAAAAAAAAAGUGUUUGGCAUUUCAUUUGCCUUGGUUCAAGUCACUUCAUUUCAUUCACGAAAGGAAAAAAGGUAACUGCUUUCAUAUGUGUGAAUGUACCUGCCCUUUACUGCAUAUCUGAAACCUUUCAGAAGAAUCAUUUCUGAUAAUGAGACACUUGGUGGUUGUUCUUUUAAGAAUUUUUUUGCACACAUUCCUUACAGUUACAAGCUUGGCAUUUCCACCAGAAAUACACAGUGAGAUGUGCUUGCACCCGACAGAGAGAGAAAUUGAAUGGGAUUUCUCUGCUGGAUGUUCAUUUUCAGUGACAGGAAAACGGAAAGUCCCAUUCAUUUAAUGGGGAAAGGUCAGAGGAGAUUGAAGGAGAAUCAAAUUGAACUGCUAUGGUGAAUUACCCUUAACUCCUUUUCAGGGAUGUUAGUUUACACCCCCCCCCCCCCCAAAAAAAACAAAAAAAGUGAUGUUGGUGUCUUGAACAUCACAAGGUGCUUCUCAGUCUUCCUUCCUGGAUCCGAAGUGGAUUUGCCAUAGGGACCAGCUGUGUGAUAUACAUAUUUUGUUAGCAUAUUUUUUGUUUACUUCUAAUUAAUGGUAGGAAACGUGGGUGUUGUUGCAGAUGUUUGAUAACUCCGUUUUAAUCAUCGUUGUGAUGGACUUCCAUUCGGACGACUAGAUUACUGAUGAUUAUGUUCGUUAUUGAGCAGAACUUGGAUAUCUGAUGAACGUGUAAUUUCUGCAGUAUUCGCUCUUCUUUCAACUCUCAGUGAAGUUGUAAGACUCAACAGGAUUUCCCCGAGGCCGUUAUUUGUAGGGGUUGAGUUAAGUGAACCUCUAAACCCUGCCCCUUGUGCCUUGACACAAGCAGAAGCUUGUAUUCAGGCAAGCGGAGAUUAACAUGUAUUUUAUAAGCCGUGAUUUCAUUAUUGCGGUUAAUGGUUUGUAGGUUUCACUGUUUUCCAAACAAGUAUGCUGUGAAGGACUCUGCCAGUAAGGUCUUUUUUGACGGUUUUGAAGGCCGGGUUUUUUUUUUUGCCAGUAAGAAGAAAGAGGAACCCCAUCCAGAGGCCUGCUAUGGGCAUGUGCUGUUUACAGCCAGGCUAGAGGAAAGUCACCAGUGCAAAUGGGUGGAAAUGGGCGUGCUCUGCUGAAGAUGGGAGAUGAAUGCCCGAGUUACUACUUUUACUCCACACAGUUUCAGGAGAGCUUGAGAAUGCUGUGCCAUUUUCUGAAAAGGAAGGGUUUUGCUCAUUUUCGGUGAAACUGAGGUUAAGACGCAUUCAGGUGCUUAAUAUGAAAUAGUAAAAUGAAUCAGAAGUAUCGAACUUAUGCAUGGGAGUCUGGUCCUGCUGCCAAUAUUAAAUUAAAUCAGGACUGCACAAGCACCAGAUACACUUGCCAUAGUCAAACAGGUGGCCUGAGUGCUGAUUAUUAAUACUGGGGGGUUUUUUUGUUUAGUUCUUUUUUUGUAUGGGGUACUUUAUUAUCAUUGAUAUACGUGGUUUAUCCUGAAUUUAUACUGGAAAUGUGUAAAAAUUACAGCAAAUUUCUCAGUGAUUAAUCAAUUCUAACGACAUUUGUAUUUGUCCAAUGGGGACCAAAAUGUAAAAGUUGAAAGCACUCUAUUACAGGUGACUUUAUACGUGGCGUUUUCCUGCAUGCUUAGAAACUGGAUGGGAAUAAGGACUUAUUCCUCCCUUUCUCUGCCGAUCUAAAGCAAUAUGGUGCAGGAAUUUAGUUUCAAAGCUACAUAUUGUAAACUAAUUCUAUGUGCACAAAUGCAUCUUAUGCACACUUGUUUUAGCAAGAAAAAAAACAUACAUACAUUUUUUUUGUGUGUGUGUGUUUACUUGGUACAGUGGUGCCCACAUGCAUGAGUAUGAACUGUGAAAUGUUUCAGUGUUGUGGCAUGUCCUUUGUUGCACAGACGACGGAAGGACUUUUUGACUUCUGCAUGUGACCUACGUUAAAAACAGGAGGGUUGUCCUGGAUAAACUUCAUAAGCAGUACUGGUUGUGAUUGAGGUUAUGCUGGUGAAACAGAAAUUUAAAACUUUGCAACUUUGGCAUUGCACAUUUCUCAAAUGUCUUUACUGUUCAAGUUAAAUGAAUGUCAUAAUAAGUGAAAUAUAAUGUGCCAUAGGUCAAACCGCUAACUAGGGAAAUGUACAUGUGAUGUCCCCCAGGACAACCAUCAAAUACAAAUAAACAGGUUUUAUUUGAUUUUAUUUUUGCUUUAUUUGUCAUGUUGUUCCUUUAAUCAUUGCAUGUGAAAGGAACAAUGCGACUGUCUCCAUCAGAAAACUAAAUCAUACUAACUGUUGUGAAGAGCUACUUCUACUUUACCAGUAGAUCUGGAAGGGGAGAUUUACUUGACAGUACUGUAAUGUGUUACAUUAAAAGAGAGACUUUUGUAUUAAAGUGUGAUAUAGGCAGAAGAUGAGAAAUUUGAUCGUGUAGACUUUUUGACAGGUUCGUCUAAUUUAACAACUGUCAGAGCUGUUAUAUUUCCAGCGCAAUGUCUGAAACUGUUUUACUAUAGUUUCUAUGUGAAUGGCCAUUUUUCUAACCUAAAUGCUUUUUUUUCUAGCCAGCUGCAUUUUGUAUAAAACAUCUCUAAACCUA